GCGCAGGCGCAAUAGCAAGGCGACAACGGCGGAAGUGCAUCUAUCUGCAGCCAUUAGAAAAUACAAUUGCAGCCCGGUAUUUCCGUGGUUUUGUCUACAAGUACUGUUUGUGCUAUGGUAUCCGCUCACCAUGAACAGGCCUUGUGAAGAUGAUGACCCUUAUAUAGUUGAAGAGCCCAGUGAUGAGGAACCGGCUCUGAGCAGUUCUGAAGAUGAAGUAGAUGUACUUUUACAUGGCACUCCUGACCAGAAACGAAAACUUAUCAGAGAAUGUCUUACUGGUGAAAGUGAAUCAUCCAGUGAAGAUGAAUUUGAAAAAGAAAUGGAAGCCGAAUUAAAUUCCACUAUAAAAACAAUGGAAGAUAAAUUGUCAUCACUAGAAACAGGUUCUUCCCUAGGAACUGGAAAAAUUUCAACGGUUCUGCCAAAUUAUUAUAAUGACAUAUAUUUUGAGUCUGAUUCUGAAGAUGAAGAUACAGAAAUAUCACAAGUGAAGAAGAAGAAAAAACAGUAUCGGAUUCCAACAAAUGAUGAAUUAUUAUAUGAUCCUGAAAAAGACAAUAGAGAUCAGGCCUGGGUGGAUGCACAAAGAAGAGGAUACCAUUGUUUGGGAACGCAACUCUCUCAUCAACAACAGGCUGUUCCGAAUAGUGAUGCUGUCUUGAAUUGUCCUGCCUGCAUGACUACACUGUGCCUUGACUGCCAACGGCAUGAAUACUACAAAACUCAGUAUAGAGCAAUGUUUGUGAUGAAUUGCUCUGUCAACAGAGAGGAGGUUCUAAGAUAUAAAAGUCCAAUGAAUAAGAAGAAAAGGUGGGGCCAUAAGAAAAUGAAGUCUGAUGAUGAAGAUGAUUCCACAGUUCAACCAGAGAAUGUAGAAGUGUAUCACCCAGUAAAAUGUACUGAAUGUUCAACUGAAGUAGCAGUAUUUGAUAAGAAUGAAAUCUUCCAUUUCUUCAAUGUUUUGGCAAGCCACACAUAGAAACACAGUUGACAAUUUGUACACUUACUGCUUUAUAAAAUAGAAAUAUGGAGUAUGCAGUCCUCUUGCAACUUUGUACAUUUAAGAAAAUCUUAUUAUCAUUUGAGAAAACAUUUUUAAUCUUGAUAAGUGAUUAGUAACUUUCAGACCUGUUUGAUUGAAAGCUAAUUUAUUUGGAUGUCACAAUGUUUUUAGCGAAUAGCUUUAUGUUUAUUACAGCUUUCUGGAAUAAACAUUUUCUUGAAAUUAUA